GGCCCUCCCCUGCGCCCCCGGCCAGCCCCGCGGCGGGGAGGGACCGACUGGGCGAGAGGUGGCUCCGGCGGUGUCAAUGGCUCCUCCUGCCACGGAGCAGCAGCAGAAGCAACGGCGACGGGGCUGAAGAGGAGGAGGAGGAAAGGUUCCUUUAAGGAGGAGGAACGACGACGCCUCUUUUUCCCCCUAUCUCCUCCCUUCAUACUCAUUUCCCCUUCGCCGAGGAGAGAAGGGGGGGAGGAGAGAGAAGAGGCCGAAGAAAGAGAAAAAAUUCCUCUCAGAAAUCUCUUUCAGGGGGUGCGGGGGGGAGGAAGAGGGAAAAAAAGAGCCGGGCGCCCCCUGCUCCCUCCCUCCCUUCUCUCCUUCUCUUCUCCUCCUUCUCCCUUCCUCGCCCGCCCGCCCACUCCCCCCCGCCGCCGGAGACGCCGCUCGGGAGUCGGCGGGACCGGGGUCUGUCUCCUCUGCCGCCGACGCCGCGCUUCGCCUCGGGAUCCCCAGGCGGGCAGACGCCCUUUCUUUCUUUCUCUCCCUCUGCCCGUCUUUCUGUCUCCGUCCCUCGCGGCCGCCCCGCCCGGCGGCCUCGGCCUUCCCCGUGCGUCAGGCCCGCCCGCCCGGCCUCGCUCGGUCUCUGUCUGUCUCCACGGGCCUUUCUCUUGACUAGGGGUCUCGCUCGCCCCUCCGCCCUUACCGUCUCCCCUUCCCCUCUCCCCCUUUCCUUCCUCCUCCCCUCUCCCCACCCCCUUCUCCUACUCCGGAGCUCGCGGUGCGUGUGCGUGUGUGUGUGUGUCCCUCCGCCAAAGCCGCCACCUCAGCCCGGCAAAUGAACUCCGUCCGAGCCGCCAACCGGAGACCCAGGCGAGUGUCGCGGCCGCGCCCGGUGCAGCAGCAGCAGCAGCCCCCGCAGCAGCCGCCGCCGCAGCCGCCCCAGCAGCCGCCGCAGCAGCAGCCUCCGCCGCCGCCGCAGCAGCAGCAGCAGCAGCCUCCGCCGCCACCACCGCCGCCUCCGCCGCUGCCCCAGGAGCGGAACAACGCCGGCGAGCGGGAUGAUGAUGUACCUGCAGAUAUGGUUGCAGAAGAAUCAGGUCCUGGUGCACAAAAUAGUCCAUACCAACUUCGUAGAAAAACUCUUUUGCCAAAAAGAACAGCGUGUCCUACAAAGAGCAAUAUGGAGGGUGCUUCAACUUCAACUACAGAAAACUUUUUUGGUCAUCGUGCAAAACGUGCAAGAGUCUCUGGAAAAUCACAAGAUCUAUCAGCUGCACCUGCUGAACAGUAUCUUCAGGAGAAACUGCCAGAUGAAGUGGUUCUAAAAAUCUUCUCUUACUUGCUGGAACAAGAUCUUUGCAGAGCAGCUUGUGUGUGUAAACGCUUCAGUGAGCUUGCUAAUGAUCCAAUUUUGUGGAAACGAUUAUACAUGGAAGUAUUUGAAUAUACCCGCCCUAUGAUGCAUCCUGAACCUGGCAAAUUCUAUCAGAUUAAUCCAGAAGAAUAUGAACAUCCAAAUCCUUGGAAAGAGAGUUUCCAGCAGUUGUAUAAAGGUGCACAUGUAAAGCCAGGAUUUGCUGAACAUUUCUACAGUAACCCUGCAAGAUAUAAAGGAAGAGAAAAUAUGUUGUAUUAUGAUACAAUUGAAGAUGCCCUUGGUGGCGUACAAGAAGCUCAUUUUGAUGGACUUAUCUUUGUUCAUUCUGGAAUAUAUACUGAUGAAUGGAUAUAUAUUGAAUCUCCAAUCACCAUGAUUGGUGCAGCACCUGGAAAAGUAGCAGACAAAGUUAUAAUUGAAAACACUAGAGAUUCAACCUUCGUAUUUAUGGAAGGUUCUGAGGAUGCUUAUGUUGGAUAUAUGACAAUAAGGUUUAACCCUGAUGACAAAUCUGCUCAACACCACAAUGCACACCACUGCUUAGAGAUUACAGUAAAUUGUAGCCCUAUUAUUGAUCACUGUAUCAUCCGAAGUACUUGUACAGUUGGCUCUGCAGUAUGUGUUAGUGGUCAAGGAGCGUGUCCCACUAUCAAGCACUGUAACAUCAGUGACUGUGAAAAUGUUGGACUUUAUAUAACAGAUCAUGCACAGGGAAUAUAUGAGGAUAAUGAAAUUUCCAAUAAUGCUUUAGCUGGGAUUUGGGUUAAAAAUCAUGGAAACCCGAUCAUUAGAAGAAAUCAUAUUCAUCAUGGACGUGAUGUUGGUGUCUUCACAUUUGAUCAUGGCAUGGGUUACUUUGAAAGUUGCAACAUACACAGAAACAGGAUAGCAGGCUUUGAAGUAAAAGCCUAUGCUAACCCUACAGUGGUUCGAUGUGAAAUUCAUCAUGGUCAGACUGGAGGAAUAUAUGUUCAUGAAAAAGGAAGAGGACAAUUCAUAGAGAAUAAAAUCUAUGCAAACAACUUUGCAGGUGUAUGGAUUACCUCAAAUAGUGACCCAACAAUAAGGGGGAAUUCUAUAUUUAAUGGAAAUCAGGGGGGAGUUUACAUCUUUGGUGAUGGACGAGGCCUUAUUGAAGGAAAUGACAUUUAUGGCAAUGCAUUAGCGGGAAUUCAGAUUAGGACAAACAGUUGUCCCAUUGUUCGACAUAACAAAAUUCAUGAUGGCCAGCAUGGUGGAAUUUAUGUGCAUGAGAAAGGACAAGGUGUAAUAGAAGAGAAUGAAGUCUAUAGUAAUACUCUGGCUGGAGUCUGGGUGACAACUGGCAGCACUCCAGUACUGAGAAGAAACAGGAUACACAGUGGCAAGCAGGUUGGUGUUUAUUUUUAUGACAAUGGACAUGGAGUGCUAGAGGACAAUGAUAUCUAUAAUCAUAUGUAUUCAGGGGUUCAGAUAAGGACUGGAAGUAACCCUAAAAUUAGACGCAACAAAAUCUGGGGAGGACAGAAUGGUGGAAUUCUAGUUUAUAAUUCUGGUCUAGGCUGUAUAGAAGACAAUGAAAUAUUUGACAAUGCAAUGGCUGGAGUCUGGAUUAAGACAGAUAGUAAUCCUACACUAAGAAGAAAUAAAAUCCAUGAUGGAAGAGAUGGUGGCAUCUGUAUAUUUAAUGGGGGUCGAGGUCUCCUUGAAGAAAAUGAUAUUUUCAGGAAUGCUCAAGCAGGUGUUCUCAUCAGCACUAACAGUCAUCCAGUCUUGAGGAAAAACAGAAUAUUUGAUGGAUUUGCUGCAGGUAUUGAAAUUACAAAUCAUGCAACUGCAACACUAGAAGGCAAUCAGAUUUUUAACAACCGUUUCGGAGGCUUGUUUUUAGCAUCAGGUGUUAAUGUGACAAUGAAAGAUAACAAAAUAAUGAACAAUCAAGAUGCCAUAGAAAAGGCUGUUAGUAGAGGCCAGUGUUUAUAUAAAAUAUCAAGUUAUACCAGCUACCCCAUGCAUGAUUUCUACAGAUGUCACACUUGUAACACCACAGAUCGAAAUGCCAUAUGUGUGAACUGCAUUAAGAAGUGCCAUCAGGGACAUGAUGUAGAAUUUAUUAGACAUGAUAGGUUUUUUUGUGACUGUGGUGCUGGAACACUGUCUAAUCCUUGUACAUUAGCUGGUGAGCCUACACACGAUACAGAUACACUAUAUGACUCUGCACCACCUAUAGAAUCUAAUACAUUGCAGCACAACUGAAUUCCUUCCCUAAGGAAAAAGUCCUGCCAUUCUAACAUCGUAACUUAAAACAUUUUUUUGGAAGAUUUAAGAUAUUUGCCCAUGCUACAGGAAGAGACUGUAUUAAAAAUGGAUACACGAGGUCAGUUGACACUAUGAAGCUCAAGCUACCAAAAAGAAAGUGGCAAUAUAUUGACUCAGGAUCUCAAAGCUGGGUGUUUUAGCAUUACUGUGUAAAGACUUUUGAAGGGACAGAAGUGAAGAAAAUAAGCUGCAAUUUUGUACAGAUACCAACUUCUGAAAAAAAGCUGGUGUUUUUACAACUAGCAUUGAAUGCAGUCCAAUUUGCAGUAGUACUCUCUUCAAUAGACAAGCAGCUUUGUUGCUGCCUUUAUGGACGUGGGUACCAAUUGCUUUUGUAAUAUGGUAAAAAAAAAAAAAAUGUGAGCUAGCACUUCUGCGUUUCUUUUGAUUUUUUUAACAUGUAUUCAGAUUGAGAAAUAUGAUUUUAAUGCUUUAAUCUCAUGUAGUUUGUUUUUAAUUUCAAGCAAAAUCUUAUUGUACUUGAAUGUGCCCUGUUUUGUUAGCACACCUAGACUUGCUGUAACUGUACUCAUGUCCCAGUAUGUACGUUCUUUCUAUGAAAGAGAAAACACUAAUCUUAAAUUAUAUCCAGCAAUGUUUCUGGUAUCCUUUAAGAAAAAGUUAUUAUUCCCUUCCCUGUGCAGCAUUCAAAAUCACCCUAGAAAAAGUGAGUGUUUUAAUGAGACUUCCUAGGAAGGGAUGCACUGUAAAACAAAAGUAUUCUUGUAACUCAGUUUUGUGAAAGGUAAAAACUACUAUGUUUUAAAAGUACACUUUAGAAAGUCUCUUCAAAACAGUCCUGUAUUUGAACUCUGUUCAUAGUUUUUUUUUGAACAGUCUAGACAAACUGCUGGAAAUUAAAACAAUUUCCCGCAUUAAGCUGAGACAAGUAUAUAUACAGCCCUAUACAGUUUCAUAGUCCCCUCCCCAUUUAUGUGUAUUGGUGACAGUGGGUAUAAACAGCCUGAAAGUGUAUGCAUGUACCAUAACAUCUAGACUUAAUAUAUUGUGGAGUAUUCAAUAACCAUUAUGUAGAAGGUAGAUAAGAAUUAAAAGGGUUUAAUUUCCUAGAAAGAAAAUGGAAAAAUGGUCAUUUUUAAAAAAUAAAGUUUAUUAGAUCAUAA